AUGAUGAUAUCGAUGUGACAAAUAUUUUUUUUAUCAUUGUUUCAUUAUGGCCAAUAAAAAAGGAAAAAAAUUAAACUCAACUAGAAGUAAUGUUUUCAAAUGUACAUUGAUGUCUACCAGCGAUGAAACGACAAAGAAAAAUAUCGAAUAUAAAAAAUCUACUGAUAGAAUAAUCAAAAGCAAACGAACAAACAACUUCUACAUGAAAUGUGCCAAAAAUCGUCAGGACAAAGGUCUCGUCAUUCUUCCUCGUAAUGUGGAAACAAAAAUUUACAAAUUGAAAAAGAUUUUACAACGUAAGAAUAUUGACCCAGACGAAAUCAAGCAGAUUAUCAGGAAAAAACGUCGUGACGAGGAAAAUAGACUUCGGCACGAUAUUAAACGUGUUUGUUUCAAAUGUCGACAGCCAGGACAUUUAGUAUCCGAUUGUCCGCUUCAAUCCGAUCCGGAUGAACUAACAAACAUUUGCUAUUUUUGUUGUUCACUUGAACAUAAAUUAUCAGAAUGUACAAAGUACCAGAAAAAAAUGAAACAGCUUUCUUCUGAUGACGUCAAUGAUGUAAGCCUGCCAUUUGCUAAAUGUUUUGUUUGUCACCAAAACGGACAUCUGACAAGAAAUUGUUCAAUGAAUAAGAAUGGUGCAUUUCCACGUGGAGGUAAAUGUCGUGGUUGUGGUUCGAUAAACCACACACUAAAAGAAUGUCCCAAGAAGAAAACUAAUGUGGAAGAAGAGGAAAUUUUAUUGUCAACUUUUAAUAACAUGGAUUGCGGUGUUGAUGUCGAUGAGUUUUCUUUAGAAAAGCUAAUAACCCAAACAGGAGAAAAGAAAAUUGUAAAAUUUUAAUAUUUUAUUCAAUUUUUGUUCAAUUAAAAGUUAUGUUGUUUAUUAAAUUACGUAAUUUUUCAAUUUCUGGAUCAUUUUGUUCUAGAAAUUUUAUAAUAAAUGGUUUAAGAUGGUCUAUUUCA